AUGUUAAGGCAAGGGCUGUUCAUCGCCGCUUGCAGACCUGGUUCGGUCUCGGUGCUGCAGUCUCCAAAAUGGCGGCUCCCCUGGUCCUCCACAACAGAAGCAUUGUGUCUGCGGGACCAGAGUGCAGCACAGGCGGCCUCCGAAGCGCUCAGCAUCGGCCUUAAGUCUCCACACACGCCCCUCCUUUCUCUGCUCGGGCUCCGCUGCUCUCUCCCGGUCUCUUGCAUCUCUCCCCGGGUCUCACAUCUCUACCCGGGCCUCACGCCUCUCCCCGACGGGCUUCGCGCCUCUCUCCCCGGGCCUCGCUGCUCUCCUCGCGGCUGCAGCAUCAUGAACGGGCCCGUGUAUAUCUCCUUCUUCCAAGGCCAGUUGGAGUCCGUGCUGGAGCAGGUGGUGCAUCUGGCCGUGCAGGAGAUCAGUAAGACCGUGGGAUGCAGUCUUAAUAACCUGCUGCUGGAGACGGCCUCCAAGGAGCAGGAGAACCGCCGACUGCGAGUGCAAAUUCAGACCGAGCAGGAGCAGUGCGGUGUGGGCAGAGAAAAGGCCCGAGAGGGGAACCAGGGGACCGGGCUGAAGAGCGUGCCUAGGGCCAAAGAGGGACACAGCAGGCCCGCAGAGCAGAACCAGAACAGGCCGGGAGAGCAGAACCAGAGCACCGCAGCGAAGGGCCAAAGCAGAGCCGGGACUCAGGGCUUGGACUGUGGCCUUAGAUGUGACUCACGACGCCUGGAACAGAGAGGACGUGUUGUGGAGCAGCUGAAGUGUGUGAUGCAGCGGGUCCUGGACUUCGCUCUCUCUGAACUCACCAAAAUCGUCGAAGCUUCAUUUGACGAUUUGCUGCUGGAGAUCACUAAGAUGGAGUCAGAGCAGAAGAGCCUACUGGAGAGGUCGAUGGAGCGGCGACUGAACCACGACCGACGAGGAUCUGAGAAUGAGUCUGUGUCCCCAAGUGACGAAGAGGAGGUCAGAGAGGAGGAGGAGGACAGAGAAGACCUUCCCUGGGUCCCUAUCUUGGAUAAAGUGUUCGGGCAGAAGUGGUGCGGUGAGGCAUGGAGCACAGAUGGAGGUGUUACCACGGAGACAGGAGUAGGUGGUUGUGGUUCUACACUGGCCCCGCCCCUCAGCCUGGACCCCCGCCCCUCCUCGCCACAGACUGACCCGCGCUGGACGCCGCUCGAGGACAUGGAAGUGUUUUCUCCUGAUGACGAUGCCAAUGUCGCCACAGCAACAGAGUCAGCCCUGCCCACAUCUGCUACACCCACAGCUACAUGUUCAGGCUCUGUUCACAGCCCCAAAGCGGCGUCCAUGUUGCACCGCCUCCUUACGCUCCCCUCGCAGCUGCUCGACGACGAGGACGCCGAUGACGGCGAAUUGGAGACCAUCUCCAUGGUGACAGAUGCGGCCCUCGCCACAGAGGCACCCUCGAGCUUGAUGUCUCCCACAGCAACCAGAGAUGAGGAAGAGGAAGAGGAGGAGGAGGGGAGACGGAAGAAGAAGCGGCGGCGCGUGUGGACGGAGUGCGAGGACUGUGGGCGCCGCUUCAGCCGCAUUUCGCUGCUGAAAACUCACCGUCAGACGCAUCAGAGCGAGACUCACCAGGGCGAGAGCGCCACGCUGAGCUGUGGCACCUGUGGGAAGCGCUUCUCCUCCCAGACCAGACUGCAGAGCCACAUACACACCAGCCACGGGGCCAGCCACGGGGCCAGCCACGGGACCAGCCACGGGGCCAGCCACGGGGCCAGCCACGGGGCCAGCCACGGGGCCAGCCACGGGGCCAGCCACGGGGCCAGCCACGGCGUCACGCAGGCCUGA